UGGCGAGUUCCGCCUAGUUUCUCCUUUAGCCGGCCCGAGGGACGGGACGGAUCCUGUGCGGGGCACGGAGCCUGAGUAACUCCUCCUGUUUGAGAUGUCGUCCAGCGAUAAGAAUGGGGGCAGCCGGUCGAGCACCAGCAGCAGCCGCCUGCAGAGCAGGAAGCCCCCCGACCUCUCCAUCACCAUUCCACCAGUGGAGCUACAGGAGGAAAGCAACCCACAAGUGCCUCUGAAAAACCCAGUGUAUCAAAAGAGCGUGAGCCUACAGGAGCCCAGAGGGAAAAGGGAUGAGAACGCGUUGGAGAGACGUCCCGGCUUCCACAGACAGACUUCCCUGACCCAGAGCAUCCGCAAGGGGACAGCCCAGUGGUUUGGUGUCAGCAGUGACUGGGAGGGAAAGCGGGAGGUCUGGCAACGCAAGAGCCGGCAGCACUGCAGCAUUCGAUAUGGCAAGCUCAAGGCCCCCUACCGAGACAUGGAGCUACCCAGUCAGGAGGUGCCCUCCUUCCAAGGCACCGAGUCACCGAAGCCAUGCAAGCUGCCCAAGAUCGUAGACCCUUUGGCCAGAGGCCGUCCAUUCCGGCAUCCGGAUGAAGUCGAUCGUCCUCGGACCCCUCACCCUGUUCUACCACCCCAGACGCCUGGAGUCCUCUCCCUGACCUCCUUCACCAGCGUGCGGUCGGGCUACACCCGUUUGCCCCGUAGGAAGCGGGAGUCUGUCGCCCACAUGAGCUUCAGGGCAGCUGCGGCUAUCCUCAGAGGACGUUCAGUUUUGGAGCCCUCGGCAUCGAAACAGAGAGGCAACAAGCGGAGCUUCCUGUAUCCCAGCAUCCUGGAUGAGGACAUGGUGGAUGCUGCAGAUACGCUGGACUCCUCAUUCUUCAGUAAGAUAGAUGCGCACGAGGAGAUGUAUUCCAUGCCGGAUGAAGUGUUCGAAUCGCCACCCCUCUCAGCCGCUUACUUCCAAGGGCUUCCUCCCCUGGACGGCGCCCGAUCCUCUGAGGUGGAGCAACCUGUUCUGAAGGAAGGUGUCGGGGUCUCGGUGUCGGCAGUCCCCGGUCCCAAGAGAGGCAAGCGGAUCGCUUCCAAAGUGAAGCACUUCGCCUUUGACCGCAAGAAGCGAUACUACGGGCUGGGGGUGGUGGGCAAGUGGCUGAACAGGACGUACCGCCGGAGCAUCAGCAGCGUAGUCCAGUCUCAGUUGGAGAACACAGACAGUCACAGGCCGUAUUUCACCUAUUGGCUCACCUUCGUCCAUAUCAUCAUCACCCUGCUGGUUAUCUGCACGUAUGGCAUCGCGCCAAUCGGGUUUGCCCAGCACGUGACGGCGGAGUUAGUGCUGAGGAACAAAGGUGUGUAUGAGAGUGUGAAGUACAUCCAGCAGGAGAACUUCUGGAUUGGCCCGGGCUCGAUCGACCUGAUCCACCUGGGAGCCAAGUUCUCCCCUUGCAUCCGCAAGGACCAGCAGGUUGAGAAGCGCAUUCAAAAAGAGAGGGACCAGGAGCGUAACUCGGGCUGCUGCGUCCAAAACGACAACUCGGGCUGCAUCCAGACUCAGCGAAAAGACUGUUCGGAGACGUUAGCUACUUUCACAAAGUGGCCAGACUCUAACUCCCCGACGAUCCUUGGCAAUUCUAGCUGGAAGCGAAUGUCCGGGGCUGUAUGCCAUCAGGACCCCAGGACGUGCGAGGAGCCGGCCUCCACUCCGCCUCACGUCUGGCCAGAUGACAUUACCAAGUGGCCGAUUUGCACCUAUCAAGCCAAAAACAACCACACAGGCUUUUUGCACCUGGACUGUGAGAUCAAAGGGAGACCGUGCUGUAUCAGUACCAAAGGCAGCUGCGAGAUCACUACGCGGGAAUACUGCGAGUUCAUGCACGGCUACUUCCACGAGGAGGCAACUCUCUGCUCGCAGGUCCAUUGCUUGGAUGAUGUGUGUGGCCUCCUCCCCUUCCUGAACCCAGAAAUCCCCGAUCAGUUCUACAGACUCUGGCUGUCCCUUUUCCUUCACGCCGGGAUAGUUCACUGCCUGGUAUCCGUGAUCUUCCAGAUGACAGUCCUCAGGGAUUUGGAGAAGCUGGCAGGCUGGCAUAGGAUCUCAAUCAUCUUCAUCCUCAGCGGCAUCACUGGCAACCUGGCCAGUGCCAUCUUCCUUCCAUACCGGGCAGAGGUUGGCCCUGCUGGAUCCCAGUUUGGCUUGCUGGCCUGCCUCUUUGUGGAGCUCUUUCAAAGCUGGCAGAUCCUAGAGAAGCCCUGGAAGGCUUUUCUGAACCUCUUUGGGAUCGUCCUCUUUCUGUUUCUGUGCGGCCUCCUGCCUUGGAUCGACAAUAUUGCCCACAUCUUCGGCUUCCUCAGCGGCCUCCUACUGUCCUUUGCCUUCCUCCCCUACAUCACCUUUGGCACCGGGGACAAGUACCGCAAGCGGGCCAUGAUCAUUGUCUCCAUGCUGGUCUUUCUGGGUCUCUUUGCGUCCCUGGUGAUCUGGCUCUACGUCUACCCCAUCAACUGGCACUGGAUCGAGUAUCUCACCUGCCUGCCCUUCACCAGCAAGUUCUGCGAGAAGUAUGACCUGGACCAGGUUUUGCACUGACCCCCUCAGCCUGGAGACAGGGCAGGAUGGGGCAGAGGUUUUAACAUGGAAAGUUGGCACCAGGUGGAUUUUCUCAGUGACUGGGAAAGUGACUUCAAAUCAGGGUGCAACGGAGAGGGGUGACGUUGCUGUUAAGUGCCCCAGUCCUCUUCUCGGCUGUCUAAAGCCAUGCAGGAUGUUCACUCAGGGCUAGGCCUGCCUCAGAGCCACAGUCUGUCCCUUAGCGCUGGUGCUGGGCAGGUGCUGUUAUUUUGGGGACAAGGGGGGGAGCUGCCCUGGUUGGUCACUGCUGGAUGUGGGAAGGAGUGGAGCUGAACUGACCUGGUUUGCAUUUCGUCCGGCCAACGUGGGACAGAUCUGUCACCCCACAUUGAAAAGCCAUAAUCCCCAGGUGCAGCUGCUGGCCUGGGAGCCCAGCAGCCACUUCACCUGGGAAAGACUCGAACCAAAUUGGGAACGUGGGAGGCUUUGGUGCUUUUGUUCCAUGCUGGGAAAGGCCUCCAGUGGCAGGCCGUGCUCUGAGGUGACGGCCCUGUGCAGGGACUUGUGUUGCCGAACAGCCCCCUCCAGUGCCUCUCCCUCUCACCCUCCGUGAAUCCUUCCAUGGCGAAACUGCUGGAUCCUUCCUUAUGGGACUGAAGCCCCAAGAAUGAGGCGUUUCAGGGCUUGCCUUGAAAGCACCUGAAUGACACUCCUUGAGCUCCGUCAGCAAAAUCUGCCUCUUUUCCUCCCCCUCUCCCCCCCGCUGCAUCUCUUUCAAUGGUCUCCCUUUCCUGACCUGCCCUUCCCUCCUUCUGCCUAAUGGCG